CGGUUUGUGAUUGUAUUGACCAUCCUCACACAUACAUGUUGCUUUAAGUACCUGCGCUCUAGCUUAAGUACAAAAUGGAGUUCCGAUGUGCUGUUGUUACACUUUUUUGUCUUGCUCUGGUAGGAGCGGGUCAUGCCCAUGAAUCGAUAGCUGAUGAAAGUUAUUGGCAAGCAGUUUGGCCAAACACUCCCAUUCCUCCUACUCUCAUGGAGCUUUUGAAGCCUGGCACCGAAGAUGCCAACAUGAACAACCUUCCGAUGAAAAUCGAUGACACGCAAUACCCAAAGAACUUUUUCUUCGAACAUGAGCUUUAUCCUGGGAAAACAAUGAACUUGCAGUUCAGCAAGAUUCCCUAUGCUCAACCUUAUGGUGUAUGGUUUUAUCUAAGAAUUCAUAAAGACAUUGAAAAAGAAGGGUACACGUAUGAGGAGGUUUGCAUAUUGAGCCCUGCUGGUCAUGGAGAAGAGAGAUACUGUGCGAAAUCCUUGGCAACACUGAUCGGCUUCUCGGUUUCGAAAUUGGGGAAGAACAUUCAGCCGCUUUCGAGUUCCUUCUUGGACAAGCAAAACCAGUACACCAUAGAAGGAGUGCAGAAUCUUGGAGACAAAGCAGUGAUGUGUCAUAGGCUGAAUUUCCAAAAUGUCGUGUUUUAUUGUCAUGAAAUCCAUCAAACCACAGCGUACCAGGUUUCAAUGGUGGCUGCGGAUGGGACGAAUACUCAGGCACUGGCAGUUUGUCACCAUGAUACUUCCGCCAUGAAUCCCGACAUUCUUUAUGAGCUCCUCAAAGUGAAGCCUGGAACCGCCACUGCUUGCCAUUUCCUUGGGAACAAGGCAGUUAUGUGGGUACCAAACUUGCCAACUCAUAAUGCCUACACUUCCACCAUGGAAAAUUAACCCAAAAUAGCCUCCGUUAAAGCACACCUUUGGGUUCUGUGAAAAUAUAAAAUAAGGUGCCCUUUUUAGUUUGUCGCUUCUGUACUACUUAUGUUCCUGUCCUGUUCUAGCUUCGGCUAGAGACUUGUAUUAUAUAUGGUUCAUGGUACUGAAUUAUAUGA